GAACACGCCGCGUGGUUCUCUCGUAGAACGGUCAGUGGCGUUCCGCCGCAAGUGUCCGGCAGCGGCGUAGCAUGAUUCGCAGCAGUAUCAUAGCAGUACCUAAAUAAUAAUAUUAUACUUCUUAUAGCACCCGCAGCGGCCAACCCGAACAAUAUCGUCUCCGUCACAGUAUACCGUGGUUAUCGUAACGUAUAAUAAUAGACUAUAUUAGUAUACAUAUUAUAUAUAUGGAAUUACCGUCACGAUACACGACUAUGGAAGCGUCGUCGUCGUCAGCGAAGCGGUCUGUGGCCGUCGUGACUUCCGCGUUGCACUGUUGGUCGUACACAGAAGCGGAGCGCCAGCAUCUGUUCAGGGUGUCCCGGUUGUUCAUCACGUCUUAUUACGUAUACGUGUCGUACUACGGGCUGUUUGUAUUGGACUUAAACGGCGUUGAUCAUCCCACGUGGGGCGAUCUAGGUUCCAACUGGUGGUGGAAAUGCGUCUCCGUGUGGAAUCUGGUGUUGCAAGUUGCUUACUUUAUUUAUUGCACGGUAUUCAUAGAUUAUGCUGAUUCUGGUCCUGGAAAAUCGUGGAUAAAACCACGGUUGCAACAAAACAAGAAAAUAAGAGAUUUCAUAUUUGUUAGCCUUGUAUUUCCAGUAACAAUUGAUGUAUGUGUUAUGUUUUGGGCUAUCUGUGCAGUGAACAAGCCGCUGCUGUUUCCAAACGAAAUGAAUAAUUGGAUACCGGAUUGGUAUAACCACGCUGUGCACACCAAUCCGAUUGUGUUAACGCUGUUCGAUAUGGCCACCACCAAGCAUAGUCUACCCAAACUGAUUGAAUCCACGACCGGUUUGUUUAUGCUGUCUGGCUCAUACGUUACAUGUUUACUUUAUAAUAAAUUUACAACUGGGAGAUGGGUAUAUCUUAUCAUUGGAGAAGUUACAGCAAGUUUGACGGAAGUGAUCAUUUAUUUUGCAGUAACGGCUUUUAUCAUGCCAUUUAUGUGUUUGCUAAUUGGUCACAAAAUGUGUUCAUGGUUUUCAAGCUCAAAAAUGGAAAAAAAAACAUUAAAUGUCUUAAGAAAAAAACUAUCAUAAAGGAUUUAUGUAAUAAAUAAUAGUCAAACCUUUA